AUUUAAUGCGAUACGUUUAUUAGUUCUGUCAACCUCACAGUAAAUAAGAAAGAAAUAAAUUAAGAAAGUAAUUGACCAAACUGUUAUUUAAAUAAUCAAAAUUUUAUACUAGAAAUUUUCGGCAUUUUGGAAAAAAAACUUAUUUCACAAAAAUUGUGACAAAUAACCUAAGAUAAUUUUAUAAUCAAAUUAUUGAUAAAAAUUUUAAGAAAAUGUCCAUCCUCCCCGGUGAAAAUAUGUGUACCAAUACUGAUGAAAUGAAAGAAAUGGCAGCAAGAAUAUGUAGAGAUUAUUUACAUGGAGCUUGGAAAAAUAUCACAGCCGAAGAAAUUGGUUUUAAACGAAUAAGUGGUGGUCUAUCAAACUGGUUAUAUCAUGUAUGGUUACCUGAAAAUAAAUUAAAAGAUCAAAAUCAAAAUAUUAGUUCAUCACCACCAGAACAAUCGUUAAACGAAGAUGAACCAAAUCAAGUAUUGUUACGUGUUUAUGGUCAAGUGCAUGGAGAACGAGCUUUGGAACAUUUAAUCACUGAGAGUGUUAUAUUUACAUUGUUAUCGGAACGACGCAUGGGACCACGUUUACAUGGAAUAUUCCCAGGUGGUCGAAUUGAACAGUAUAUCAACGCACGUCCUUUAACCACAACAGAGUUAUCUAUUCCCUCCAUCAGCCGCCAAAUAGCAAACAAAAUGGGUAUAAUUCAUUCAAUGGAUAUUCCGAUCUCAAAAGAACCACAAUGGAUAUGGAAAACAGCUGAACGUUGGAUUAACACGGUGGAAACAUGCGUUGUAAAGGAUCAAAAAUGUCGUACACAAUAUAAUGAACAAAUAUUAAAAAUUAAAAAUUAUGAUUUAAAAAAUGAAUUAAUCUGGUUGCAACAAUAUGUUAAUAAUUUAAAAUCACCUGUCGUAUUCUGUCAUAAUGAUAUGCAAGAGGGAAAUAUUUUGAUCCAACAGCAAAAUGCUUGCACAGAUGAGACUGUCACAUCAUCCAUUGGUGAUAAUGAUCAGCUUAUUUUGAUUGAUUACGAAUAUUGUUCAUAUAAUUAUCGUGGUUUUGACAUGGCAAAUCAUUUUUUGGAAUGGACAUACGAAUAUACAAAUCCCGAAUAUCCAUUUUUCUAUGAACUUCCAAAUAAUUACCCAACUAAAGAACAACAGUUAAACUUUAUUCAAGAAUAUAUCAAAGUAACGGGUACCACAAGUGAGCCAUCUGAAAUAUUAACUGAAAUUCGUGUAUUUUCAUUGGCUAGUCAUUUCUUUUGGGGUUUAUGGGGUUGUGCAAAUGCUCCAUUAUCUCAAAUACCAUUCGGUUAUUGGGAUUAUGCUGAAAGUCGAUUAGACGCAUAUUUCAAACUAAAAGACGAUUUAACCAGUUCACAAGUAAUCGCAACCAAACGAAACUUACAUGACACAGAUUAAUCAGCACAACCGUUUUAAUUUAACAUGCACGGCAAAUGUGUUAACUUAAAAAAAAUAAACUUAGAACUCGAACGUCGUCCGUUGGUUGCUGAUUGAUCUAACUCUAAUCUUAAAAAAAAAAACAUUGGAAGAAAGCAACCUUCUACAAAAAUAAUUGGACAUUAAGUCUUCCUUAAAAAAAAAUCAUUGCCAUCAUUGUGUCAAAGACACACAUAGACUGCGAGAGAUUAGUAGAUUAAUCGAAUGCGAAUGGAAAUUCCUCAUUCAAACACUAGGGGAAUCCUUUUGGAUAAGUCUUAAUGGCUUGGAUACAUUUUUGACUGAUCUAAAAAUGGUGCUGUGUCAUAAAAAAAUAUAAUCCUGCCUUUCUCAAAAUAAUAACAUCCCCUUCCAACUAAGUUUUUUCGAAUCUUUGUAAGUUGUUUAAUUAAUAAUAAAAAAAAAGAUGGAUUUGAAGAAACUUU